AUGAAGCCAGUUCGCCUGAUCUUGGCGGCAGGGGGAGGAGGGAAGGCAGACGACCAGGAAGAAGAGGAGGAAGAAAAAGAGCCCAAGGGCGUGGUUUACCUGGGUCACAUUCCACACGGUUUCUUCGAGCCGCAGAUGAGGAUGUACUUCUCUCAAUUCGGCCAUGUCACCCGGAUGCGGCUUGCACGAUCCAGGAAAACAGGCGGGUCGAAGGGCUAUGCCUUCAUCGAGUUCAAGCAAGAGAGUGUUGCGAAGAUCGUGGCAUCAACCAUGAACAAGUAUCUUCUUUUCGACAAAUGCCUCGUGUGUGAGUUCCUGCCGAGAGAGAGGGACGAUCGGAAGGAAAGGCGCGAGAAGGAGAUGCUGCAGCACAACGAUCGGCCGAUGGUUGAGGUCGACGGCCAAUCCGUACCGCAGCUCACAGAGCGGCAGGAGAAGCUUGCCAGCCUGGAAGUGGACUUCGAUGUCGACGAGGUUCUCAAAGACGGAGGCACUGCAGAUGAUGAGGCAGAGGAGCCCGAACUAGAAGAGAAGGUGCCUCCACCUGCCAAGAAAAAGCCAAAGAAGAAGCCAAGGAAGCAAGAA